AUGAGGGUGCCAAGCAGCGUGAGCUCUUCGGGCGGUCUGCUGGACGUGGUCCUAACUCUGGAGGCUGCCUCGGUGGUGAUCGACUCGAUGGACCUGGGGAUCUUCACGUUGAAUGGAACCCUCCCUGGGCCGACCCUCCGCAUAAAGCCGGGAGAUCGCCUACGGAUCCGCUUCCAGAACCUCCUUCCGGCCCAGCCGAAUGCAAGGUUUGGGUAUGUGGAUGAGUCCAACUUGCACUUUCACGGCCUGCAUGUCCCGGGGGAUCUACCCUCAGAUGACACAAAGCUUGUUGUAGGACCUGGCGGAGAGUUUCAGUACGAAACGGUUCUGCCUGAGUACCACAUGCCCGGUACCAACUGGAUCCAUCCGCAUCGCCACGGUUCCUCCGCCUUGCAAGUUGGUGGUGCCGCCGCACUGGCGCUGAUUGUGGAUGAUGCGCCCGGCAGCCUGCCGGAGGAGGUGGCGAACGCCGAGGAAGUCCUCCUUGUGGUGCAGGACCUGGCGCUGCAGGAGCUGAGCCGAAUUGCCCAGCAGUCGGGGGACAGUCUUGUUUGGUCUGCUCCAGCAGGCAACCCCCCCGAUCUCCUGCUUAUCAAUGGCGAGCAUAUGCCUGAGAUCGCAGCGACACCAGGCCGGUGGCAGAGGUGGCGGGUCAUCUUCGCCGGCUGGAGAAAUGUGGGCAGAAGUGCGCUGAACUUUGCCGUGGAUGGCUGCACCAUGCAGCUGUUGGCAAAGGACGGCAUGUACAUCAGCGAUUUCCCGCGCUCGAUUCAGCUGGCGCCCAUCCCUGCAGGCGGCCGAGCGGAUGUCAUGGUGAAAUGUCCGUCGCCGUCUUCCAGGUACAGGGUGACCAGUGGUGAAACGCUGAUCGGUUUUGUGGACACUUCUGCGGUUCCGGUGAGCAGCUCCGAGCUGUCUUCCUGGUCGCCAGUGCUGCCGGACUAUAUGCAAGACCUUCAGACCACUCCAGCAAGCGAGGGCUGCAGCUGCGAAACGGAGGUCGAAGAAGCCUCAAUCAACGGCGUUCCUUUCUCGGAGGACACGGUGCUCCAUGAAACCUUCCUCGGCGCCGUUGUUGAGCGGAAGAUCGACACUGGCGGGCAUCCCUACCACCAGCAUUUCUAUCCCUUCCAGCUCGUGGACGGGUUCAGAAGUGAAGACUUCUUCCAUUUGGGGGACUGGCACGACACGUUCAUGUCGGACGGUCUAACGAGGGAGCCUGUCACGGUCCGAUACAAAACGACCUUCAUCGCAGGUGAGAUGAUGCUGCACUGCCACCGCCUUGACCACGAGGAUCGAGGGUCCAUGGCCUUUGAGACAAUCAGCCCUACAGGCUCCGCAUGCAGUUGCUCAGCCCGAGCACUGGACACCGGCAACAUCGUGAUCAUCGCCGUUGCUGUGAGUGCGGCGGUUUGUGUUGUGAUCGCAGUGUUUGGUUUUUGCUUCUGGCGACGCCGGUCGCCGAGGCGCGCGGAUGUCGGGCCAGAGUGA